GCCUCCCCACAGAACCAGCCACCAUCAGCGGCAGCGCCCCACGAGACGGAAGGGAGAGCGGGCGGAGGAACCCGACACCAUCCAGCAGCAAACCCAGCAGCCGAAUCGAUCGGUUGAGAGGAGCGGGAGGGGGACACAGCCACACAGGCAGCUAGCUCGCGGCUUGGCAGCAGCAUCAGGUUUCGUUCGAGGAAGGGAAGAUCCGGAGGGCACCGUCGCGAUGGGCGUCCUCUUCUCGUGCCCCGCCGACGACCACGACCCGCUCGACCUGGAGGAGGCGCCGCCCGCCGGGGAGCCGCCCAUCCUCAAGGCGCUCGGCUCCGGCAAGCUGCUCAUCGAGGGCUCGCUAAGCUUCAAGCGCGCGCAGGCCGCCCUGGGCUCCCUGCAGGUCGAGACCGAGAUCUCCAUCCGGGCCGCUAGGGCCCGGUUCGCCGAGCCGACGCCCGCCGAGAGCCCCAAGCACGAGGCCGCCGCGCUCCGGCUGCAGAAGGUGUACAAGAGCUUCCGCACGCGCCGGCAGCUCGCCGACUGCGCCGUCCUCGUCGAGCAGAGCUGGUGGAAGCUGCUCGAUUUCGCGCUGCUCAAGCGCAGCUCCGUCUCCUUCUUCGACAUCGAGAAGCAGGAGACCGCCAUGUCCAAGUGGUCAAGAGCAAGAACUCGAGCUGCCAAGGUUGGAAAGGGAUUGCUCAAGGAUGACAAGGCUCAAAAGCUCGCAUUGCAGCACUGGCUCGAAGCGAUUGACCCGCGGCACCGCUACGGUCAUAACCUUCACUACUACUACGAUUGCUGGCUCCAAUGUGAAAGCAAGCAGCCUUUCUUCUACUGGCUUGAUAUCGGAGAAGGCAGAGAGAUCAACCUUGAAGGCAAGUGCUCAAGAUCAAAGCUUCAGAGCCAAUGCAUCAAAUACCUUGGUCCAAAAGAAAGAGAGGACUAUGAAGUCGUGAUCGAGGAUGGCAAGUUCUUAUACAAGAAGAGCGGCCAAAUCCUUGACACAUCUUGCGGACCACGGGAUGCAAAGUGGAUCUUUGUUCUUAGCACAUCUAAGAGCUUGUAUGUUGGCCAGAAGAGAAAGGGUACAUUUCAACAUUCUAGCUUCCUUGCUGGAGGUGCUACUUCUGCUGCUGGGCGAUUGGUCGUUGAGAAUGGAACCUUGAAGGCUAUUUGGCCGCACAGCGGUCACUACCGCCCGACGGAGGAGAACUUCCAGGAGUUCCAGAGCUUCCUCAAGGACAACAUGGUCGAUCUAACCAACGUUAAGAUGAGCCCAGCAGAGGAGGAUGAGGAGUUCUGGGGCAGUCUCAGAAGAGUCGCUUCCGAGAGCGAAAAAACUGAAGACAAAACGGCUGCUGCACCUGAAGAAACCGUUCUUUGCCAGACGCCACCUGAAGCUGCCAACACUGUCAGCUCAGAGACCGAGAAAUGCGAAGAAGAAGCUGCAGCGGCACGGCCAGAUUCAUCAGAAGGUGAUCAGGAGGCGCCCGUGCCGCGGGAGAAGAUCUUUGAGCGGAUCAACUCCAAGAAGGAGAUGAAGUCCUACCAGCUGGGCAAGCAGCUGUCCUUCAAGUGGACGACGGGUGCGGGGCCCCGCAUCGGGUGCGUGCGCGACUACCCGUCGGAGCUCCAGCUGCAGGCGCUGGAGCAGGUGAACCUCUCGCCGAGGGGCAGCACCACCGCCGCCGCCGCCGCCGCGUCCCGGUUCUCCUCGCCGCUGAGGCGAAGCUUCAACCAGCCAGCGGCGGCGAGGAGCUGCGACGCGUCCAAGCCGAGGGAGGCGUCUCGGUCGCCUCUGCAGCACGGGGCGCUUGCUGUGGCAGCGGCAGCGGACUGAUGCAAGCAGUUGCACGUUGAAAAUUUCGUCAAGACGACUCAGACGCAGGCGAACUCGAUGGAUGAAGAUGUGUAUAGUAGGGGCUAGCAGAAAUUUUUUUUGAACAGACAUACUGCUCGUGCAGAUGUCUUAGGAAAGGCAGUAGUAUACAUACAUAUACACAUUGUUCAUCGAAGGAUGUGAUACUAGUAGUUAACCACAGACGGUUUAUACAAAAUUCUUUCAUUCUUUACAUGCAUAUAAAAAGCCAGUAGUGAAGAAAGCAUGGUUUGACAUGUA